UGCCUCAGCCGGACCAACUCGGCUCUCGCUAAAUCAUUACUCUGUUUCUCUCUAUUGCCCUUCCGUUUCUUCCCCCCUUCCGCCAUCCUCUAUUUUCUGAGGACAUGGCGCUUGCAAGGGGGGAGGAGCGGAUUGCUGCAUUUGUCUUAUGCAUGAAACUAAGUCGGGAGGCGCAGGAUGCUUGUUUUAUCCCUUUGCUGUUUCUCUUCUUUAUUCUUAUUUCAAUUUUUUUGUAUUUCUUCACAUGGGGUGGCGCCUCGUUACAUCUCCUUGUUUCAACCUUGUUUCCCAAGCUCCCCUUUUUUUUCCUCUUUUGCUUCUUUCAGCCUUUCCCCCACCAGCUUACUUUUGACUUGUUUUCCGGUAGAUGGCCGCUCAUUGUCAUUGCGCCUGAUUGCAUGCUUCUGAUCCCCCACCCCUGGUAUUUAUUUAUUCUCAUUCAAAAGCACUUUUUAAGCUGCACUGUAAUAUGGAGUCAGUUCUGUUUUAUUGGAAUGUUAAAAAAAGAGGGUUGUGAUUGGGCCCUUUUACGUUUUCCCCUUUCCUCCUGUUUCUCCUCAUCCUCUUCUCUCCCGGUCUACAGCUUAUUAGGUUAUGAAUAUUAUGACGAUAUGAUGACUCUGUUUCUUUCUACAAUACUUUUUCUUUUUCAUCUCUUAAUUUUGAAUAAAUGAGCAAAGGAUUUUGGUCAGAUUAAUAAUGAAACUUGAUCAUAAUACGCGCCAUGUGAUUGAUCGUAGCGGAGAUGCU